CGAGCACGAGGUAGGUAAAAGAUGGCAUUUUCGACUAGGCUAGAAAGGGAGAUGUAGCGUUAUAAUAUUGCAAUGUUGAAGAGUUACUAAUCAGCUAGAAGCAAUGGCUACCCCUUUCAGAGGAUGGGAAUUAAACGAUGCAUUUGUAAGAGCUUUAGAUUUUGAAGAAGAGCAAGAUGAGCAAAGUUACGAAGAAGAUUUUAAGUUGGAAGAUCAGUUCAUAGUGAGGUUAUCACCAGAUUUCAAACAAAAAACUAUCUCAGAGAAUGAAGAAUUCCCUAAAGUUUCAAAGCUUCUAAUCACAACUGAUGAUAUAUCAGCAGCUUUCUCUGAUGCAUAUGUUCUUAACCGUGACGAUUUUGUUGAAAUAACUGGAUUGGUUUCAGGACCAUAUUCUCCGUCCAAAUACGGUAAUACCGUACAUCAAAACUCCUUCUGGGAUAAAACAUGUUUUCUCUACAGCUUUACUAACCAGCCUGGUAUUAUGAUAUGUCAAAUGAAGCAGCAAAUAGACCAAAAAUAUAUGUCAAUAUGGGCUUCAAAGGUUCUCAGCUUUAUUAAACCAGAUCAUGUUAUAGUUUUGUCAUCAUUGUCACAAUGUAAUGUCCAGAUGGAAAAUCCUGUUGAAGAAGCAGAUUUCCUCUGUCAAUUGAAAACAGAUGCUUACAAUGGAGAAACUUGCUAUCCAUCGCUACCCAAACCAACCCUGGUGAAAGAUAUUCCUGCAGCAGUGUUAACAUACUGUCAGGUUCAUGCCAUAUCUGCGAUUUUGUAUAUAUUGGUAACGGAGGCGCAUUCCUUUGAUGUGAAUGCUGUCAAGUCAUUCUCCCCUAUUUUAAAGGAGGACAUUUUCAUAGAUUUCGGAAAGAUUGCAGAAAACGUAGUGAAAGAGAAGUUGAAGAAAUUGUGCUCAAUGAGCAUUCCAAGCAAAGGAGUCUAUAUCUAAUUCAGUGCAAACAAGCUGAACGAGUCGAUCAUGUUAAGCACAAAAUCUUCCACGGAAAAGACAAACCCAUUAAAAUUCGUCAACAUGACAUUCUUAGUAUAUGUUGAAGAUUUCUUUAGCGUAUAAUUAUCAUCAAAUUACAAGCUAUUCCGGGUUACUA